AAUUCUCAUCUCCUCGUUUAUACCUUAUUACCUUUCUCUCUUCAUCUCCUCUCCGUCACUAAAUCGGCAGAAAUGGCUGUUACCUUCUCAGAUCUGCACGCCGAAUCUGGUCUUAAGUCUCUAAAUGUGCAUCUCGCCGGAAAAUCUUAUAUCACAGGUGAGAAACUGACCAAGGAUGAUGUUAAGGUUUAUGCUGCUGUGGUUGAGAAACCUAAUGGCGAUCUUUUCCCUAACGUCAGUCAGUGGUAUAACAGUGUUGACGCCUUACUCGCCGCUAGCUUUCCUGGUAAAGCUGCUGGAGUAAGAGUGGGAGGGCAAGGUUCCAUUGCUGAAGCUGCUUCAGUCAUUGAAGAAAAGAAGGAUGCCCCUGCUGCAGAUGAUGAUGAUGAUGAUGAUGACAUUGAUUUAUUUGGUGAUGAGACUGAGGAGGAAAAGAAGGCUGCAGAAGCAAGGGAGAGUGCUAAAGCAUCAUCUACUAAGAAGAAAGAAAGUGGGAAAUCAUCUAUUCUUAUGGAUGUGAAACCAUGGGAUGAUGAAACCGACAUGAAGAAGCUUGAAGAGGCUGUGAGGAGCGUGGAAUUGCCCGGUCUUCUUUGGGGAGCUUCUAAAUUGGUUCCGGUUGGUUAUGGUAUAAAGAAGUUGCAGAUAUUGCUUACGGUUGUGGACGACUUAGUGUCGGUAGAUUCGAUGAUUGAAGAGCGUCUGACCGUAGAACCAAUCAAUGAGUAUGUUCAGAGCUGCGACAUUGUUGCCUUCAACAAAAUCUAAGUUAUCCUUUUUGUUUUGUUUGGUCUUUCAGUUGUUUUCAUGAAUUGUGAGAUAAGGGAUUAAAUUUGAUUAGUCUUUUUCAUCAAACAUAUAAGAUUGUUUGGUUUGAGAAAUUAGAUCGUCAUUUCUACUAUGUGGGAUUAAUAAGCAUUUGCCUUCAUAGUAUCUUUCAUUGAUGA